AUGGGCGAUGCCUUGUUUGGACUCUCCGCGGAGUCGCGCAGUGUCCUCGACCGAUAUCUGCAGUGGGCUCGCCUGGCAUGUGACGGUCUGAAGCGCGGCGUCCACCUGGAUGCCGCCAACCACCAGGUGGGAAAUGUGCUGCAGGAGACGUACACGAGGGAAGAGCUCAAGGAAAUCCUUCGUGGACACACCGCGGUGCUGCUCCACUCGCUGGAGGCCCGCGUGGAGAAGUUCGCGGGCACCUCCGCGGAGCUGCUGUGCGCGGUCCUCCGGGACGCUGAUCGUCAACGCGUGACAAUCGAAGUGGACGUCAACGCAGUGCUGAGCGCUUCUGCAAACGCGGCUCCUGCGGCCACCGCCACCGCAACGACGGGAGCGGCUUCCACUGGCCUGCUGCUGGACCAUGAGCGGCAGCUCCUGAGUGGACCACGUGGUCGUCUUGCGCCGCUGACUGUCGCCGACGCCGACGGUGAGGCCAGCCGGCAGCUCGCGGAGGGCAAGGAGGAGAUCCGCCGCCUGCAGGAGAAGGUGCACCGCCUCACGGACGCGUACGCCCAGGUGAUGAACACGCGGUCUGUCGACACGGAGAAGUUGCUGUCGAUGCACGACGCACUCCAGUCGCGCGACGCAGCGGCGGCGCGCCAGAGGGAGCAGGAAGAGGGUGUCCAUCAGUCCGUGGAGGAGCUACGCACGGCGUUGGCGGCGGCGAGACGGGAGUUGAACACACGACUCAAUCAGUCUACGCAGUACCAGGAGGUGAAGAAGAUCCUGGCGCAUAAGAACGAGCAAAUUAGGAUGCUGCGGGCACAACUCGCGCGGUACGACCCCGCAUUCUUGCAGACCGGCGACGGCGCUGACGACACGAUAGUUGAGGAGGAUGAUUAA